GCCGGUGUCGCGCAGCGGCUCGGAGGAAGCUCGGCAGCAGUGGCGGUGGCGGCGGGGAGCAGGCCGGACCCCUGGUUGCUGGCCCGGCUUCCCGGGCGUCGGCGAAGGCGAAGCCGCUCUCCGGCUCGCCGCAGCGUUCGGCUGGCGGCGUCCUGGUGCCGGGAGCGAGGAACGUAGGUGCAUCCAGUUCUCAUUAUGCAUCAGAAAAAUGAAAAAACAGAGGAAAAUUCUAUGGAAGAAAGGAAUUCACGUAGCCUUUUCUGAGAAAUGGAAUACUGGGUUUGGAAAUUUUAAGAAGUUCUAUUUUCCCCAACACGUGUGCAUUUUUAAAACUAACCUGGGAAGGCCAGUUGCUUGGCGUAGACACUUGAAGCAUUUCCAGUGUAAUAAGAAGGCUCUUCACAUCCAGAAAACAUGGAUCCAGAUUGCACCCCUUUGUGCAAAGACAAAGUCCAGUGUGUCUACUCAGAAUGUUAGUGCUUUGUAUUCUAAAGUGAAAAGAAAGGACAGUAAACACUUCAUUUCUUCCUCAAGGAGGCUCCUGAAACUCCAAGCAGAUAAGUUGCUGUCAUCAGCAAAGAACUUGGACCAUGAAUACUGCAGAGAGAAAAGUCUACUGAAGGCAGUUGCUGGCUUAUCAGCAAAUACUAUUUUAGGUAAGGCCAGUGGUCACAGACCUAGGACAGAGCCACAAGCUUCUGAUUUUCCCAUGAAGUUCAAUGGGGAGAGUCAAAGUCUAGGUGAUGGUGGCAAGAUUGUGAUCUUGAGCAAACAUAGAAAGCGCUUUUGUUAUGGCUGCUACCAAGGGCUAGAUCAUCACAGGAAUGGGAGACCCCUGAUGCCAAAAAAGUUCCAACUUAACCAACAUCGAAGAGUCAAAGCGUCACCUCUUAUGAUGUAUGAGAAAUUAUCCAUGAUUAGAUUUCGCCAUAGGAUUCUCAGAUCCCAGCACUUCAGAACAAAAAGCAGAGCUUGCAGACUGAGAAAAGCCCAGCGAAGCUGGGUACAGAAGGUCACUGGGGACCAUCAGGAGGCCCUUAGGGAUAGCGCUGAGGGUGGCAAUUGCAGCCCAGUCCCUUCCCCAGAACCUAAAGACACUUGUCGGUAUCAGCCAUACUUUCCAGAUAUGGACGGCAAUGUUGUGGUGAAGGGAAAGAACUCUCACGUGCCUGAUGGCCACUCUAAGGGAAGCCCUUUCUUGGACAAGGAGCAUAAUUUAGAUGAAGCAUUCCUUGACCAAAAGAAUGGCAGUGCUACAUACACCUGGGACCAGUCACCCUCUUCUCCUAAGUGGGAGUGUACAGAGCAGAUUCAUGAAAUCCCCUUAACAGAACAUCCUUCUAGUAACAAGUUCACCUCAGAAACUGAAAGAGCAGUUAUGACUCUGGGUCAGGAAGGUGGGACAAGUACUGUCAAUGAUGACAGAGUAAAGCUGCCAGUGUCUGGAGCAGACAAAUCUGUGAGUAGUGUAGAUGGGCUGGUGUCUGAAGAGCCUGCUCAGAAUGAGAAUUUCCAGAUGGAGGAGGAUGGCUCUCUCAAGCAGAACAUUCUUAGUUCUAAGUUACUGGAUCACCCUUACUGUAAAAGUCCACUGGAAGCUCCCUUGGUUUGCAGUGAACUCAAAGUAGAAAAUCAAAUAGCAGGUGGCAAGAGUAGCCAGAAAGCCUCUCCCGUGGAUGAUGAGCAGCUCUCAACCUGCCUUUCUGGAUUCCUAGAUGAGGUUAUGAAAAAGUAUGGAAGUUUGGUCCCACUCAGUGAAAAAGAUGUCCUUGGAAGAUUAAAAGAUGUCUUUAAUGAAGACUUUUCUAAUAGAAAACCGUUUAUCAAUAGGGAAAUAACAAACUAUCGGGCCAGACAUCAAAAGUGCAACUUCCGCAUCUUCUACAAUAAGCACAUGCUAGAUAUGGAUGAUCUGGCAACCCUGGAUGGUCAGAAUUGGCUGAAUGACCAGGUCAUUAAUAUGUAUGGUGAGCUGAUAAUGGAUGCAGUUCCAGAUAAAGUUCACUUCUUCAACAGCUUUUUUCAUAGACAGCUGGUAACCAAAGGAUAUAAUGGAGUUAAGAGAUGGACCAAAAAGGUGGAUUUGUUUAAAAAGAGUCUUCUGUUGAUUCCUAUUCAUCUGGAAGUCCACUGGUCUCUCAUUACUGUGACACUCUCUAACCGAAUUAUUUCAUUUUAUGAUUCCCAAGGCAUUCAUUUUAAAUUUUGUGUAGAGAAUAUAAGAAAGUAUUUGCUGACUGAAGCCAGAGAAAAAAAUAGACCUGAAUUUCUUCAGGGUUGGCAGACUGCUGUUACAAAGUGUAUUCCACAACAGAAAAAUGACAGUGACUGUGGAGUCUUUGUGCUCCAGUACUGCAAGUGCCUCGCCUUAGAGCAGCCUUUCCAGUUUUCUCAAGAAGACAUGCCUAGAGUGCGGAAGAGGAUCUAUAAAGAACUGUGUGAAUGCCGGCUCCUAGACUGAGAUGCAGUAGGGACUCUGGAAGUCUGGCCACGUUGGAGCAGAUGGUUUGUUACUUGAAUCUCCAAACACUUAAGAAUUUUUACAGAUAUUUCAGAUCAGUGGUGUCGGACCACUAUUGUUACCUCAAAUUUAUUUUUUGCCCUUAUCAUUUCUCCUAAUAUCAUGUACUUUUUUAAAUGUUCAGUUUCAUUUUUAACUUUAUGGAUUCUGUGCGUCCCUCCCAUAUUUAAUAUUUAUUAUCCAAACGCAUGCAUAUAGGCAGAGCAUGCAGUAAAGAGUAUUAAAAAAAAGCCUAGUAGAUUUGGUGCAGCUUUUGAAACUUAGUUAGAUGUGAACUGAAUACAGGUUUAAAAUUUAACCCCAGAACCUAAAAAUGCAAGAUGUUUUUUGAUACAGUAUAACUCAGAAUACAUGUUCUCUGUGGCAAAGGGUAGCUAGGAGUGCUUGUGGAAAAACAAGUCAUAUUUUACUUAGACCAGCAGCACUAAUGUCCCUCCCAAUGAAUCUGAGCAUGAGAUGUAUUCCUUUUGAGGAUGAGGGGCAAGUGGCUGUAUGCUGGGCUGCUCUCUUAGGGAAGCACACUUGCAAGGAGUGCUGCUUUGGGAAGAGUUAUGGGAUGAGAAAAAGGGAGUGAGGGACAGUUAUCUUAAAGAAUGAGGUUUGUUUCUUUUAAUUUUUUGAGUCAAGGUCUCACAAUAUAGCCCAAGCUGGCUUGGAACUCAAUGAAACUGUGCCAGCCUCAAUCCCAGCCUAAUCUUGCCCCAGUCUGUCCAGUGCUGCUAUUGUACGUACAUCCUAUUGUGCCCUACAACAAGUAUGAUUUCCAUCUUGGUCUUAUGAAUUUUUAAAAUGGUUUAAAUCUUAUAAAGGCUUUUCCUGGGACAUUGAAUUCCCUGGAUUUUUCUGGUUUUGACCUGUGAAGGGGGAAAAAAAACAAACAAACCUUAGCGUCCAUCAAACUAAUGGUCAAAUAAAUGAGAAUUCAGCCUUGCUUAGAAGUGAUUUGCAAGCUCUCACUUCUCUUUGUUCUAUCUCAUGUAGAAGAUAUUCAGGAUUUACCAAAAAUCAGGGUAUCUGAAAUAUAAACAUUCUAAAUAAGAGACGGGCAUGGUCUUUUGAAAACGGUGGGGAGAAGGGGUAAGCUAACAGCAGGUUCUGUGGGACUGCAGCACACAUUAGGAAUGUUCCCCUCCAGUCUUCUCAGAGGCUCAGCAUCAUUUGGCUUCUACAAGAACAGUCUGAACCCCAUACCCAGGAGUUUCCCUUUUCCCUUUGUUGAACCUCAUCCCCCAGGGACAGGCUGCAAAGUAGUCGUCUUAGCUGUAGAAGGAUGAGAGUGGUGGAUCUUACACCUUGAAUCUGGCCUUUUUGUGACAUAUUUGAAAGGAAAGCAAAUAAGAUGCAUGCUAACCCUCUAACCAGUUGUCAUUUCUGAAUUGGAGGGGAGUAUCAUAAACUUCUAUGCCUGGUCAGGUGUGAGCUGUUUGAAAAACAAAAGGUUUAGUUUAAUUUGGCCAUAGGUAUGGCUGAGCAGGGCUUACUGCCUUGGUUAGGAAUUGAAUUUGAAUCAGGACUUAAAUUUACAUGUAAGACUCCCAAUAGCAGUGUGGACACUGGGUAGCUGCCCUGGCACUCUUCUCUCCUAACGCCUCCAGACUCAAAAGUCCUUACCAGCUGGGCAUGAUGGCGCACACCUUUAAUCCCAGCACUUGCGAGGCAGAGGCAGAGGCAGAGGCAGGCGGAUCUCUGUGAGUUCAAGGCCAGCCUGGUCUACAUAGUGAGUUCCAGGACAUCUGGGGCUACUGGGAGACCCUGUCUCAAAAAGACCAAAAAAAGAAAAAGUCCUUACCAUAAAACGAGGUCAGUAUUUUUUGUGCUUGCUGUCAUUAAAGAGACUUGGGAGUAGAGGCACUUUAUGCUGCCACAGGUAAGGUUGCAUCACCAUUAGGAAAGAUGAGAAUUUACAUCAGGGAACUUGUCUUUAAUAUAUAUAUAUAAUGCUAGGCAAAUGCUCUACCACUGAGCCCUCUUAGUAUGUUUUUGUUGUUGCCGUUGUUUUGAGACAGGUCUCAAUAAAUUCCCAGGUUGUUCUUGAAUUCACUCUGUAGCCUUGAACUACACUCCUGCUGGUAUUAUAGGCUAGCACUCCAGGCCGGAACGGAUUAAAAAUGUCCUGGGGUGGGAGAUCCAGGGGGUAAGGUCUCAUGUGUCAGGCUGGCAUUAAACUCACCAUGUCACUGAAGAUGACAUUGAACUUCUGAUCUUCCAUGCACCCCGUCUUCCAGGUGCUGAGAUUAUAGGUAUAUGCCACCAUGCCUGGCUAAAGAUAUGCUCUUAAGCUUUCAGACAUAAUUAUGCUAACAUGAGUUUCUUCAAAAUUUAUAUGUGCAGUUUUUGAGGGUUGUUUUUUUCUGGUGGCUAUGCCAAAAUAGCCAGUAAUUAAGUGAUUGACUUAAAAUGUCUCGCACUUUAUUUUAAAGUGCAGAAAUAUCUCACUUUCCCAAGGACAAGCUCAUCAUGCAGAAGAGACAGUUGUGUUCCUUUGAGAAUCUUUUGUUGUUGAGGCAGGGUCUCUAUUUAGCCCAGGUUGGCCCCAUACUUGAAAUCUUCCUGCCUCAGGCUCCCCACUGUUUGUAUUAUGGGGUGUACCAGUUGUGUCUAAUGCCUGAGAGAAAGAAUGGGUAAUGCCCAGAGUUUGAGAUGCCCCUUCAGUAUGAGAAAACACUUAUGUCAGCACUGAGGCCUGCAAGGAUGAGCAGAGACUUGAGCUGUCACAGUCUAGUUACUCUUUCAUUUCCAGCAUGAUAGGGCACCUUCCUUUAGGUGUGCUGCUCGGUUUGCUUUAGCCUAAAUGCUGACUACCUUAAGUAUGUUUUAAACAUGUUUCUGUCCAUGAGACUUAGUUUCAGCACACAAAAUUGCUGUCUUAUGAUUACAUGUAUAUUUCCAUUUAGCUUUCAAGUCCUAGAUUAAGUCUUUUUUCUUGAUGUUUGCAGUACCAGCUUUACUGUCAUUAGCUUGGCACUGAACUCUUGGUGUCCCCACAAAGUAGGCAGGCCUUAUGUCAUUGAGGAUAAGUACAAGUCUUGCACAAACUAAAAGCUGUUCAUGAUGAGCCUUCAAAUAGCUGCCCAGUACUCUGUGGGCAAACUUACCUGGCUAUAGUUGCUUCUUUCCAGUGGUCUUUCCUUUUGUUAAACUUACAGCAAUGAAUGUAGAUUUAAUUCAUCUUUUCAUUUUUGUAAAAGUCAUAGAGAAUCAACUUUCAGUUAGUCUCUUCAAGGAAGCGGGGAAAGUUGGGUGCUGCCAGUAAUUCUAUAUCACAUUUUUGGCUUUGCACUGUAUUUUCUAGUUACCAUUGAAUAGAAGUGACAUGAUUAUCUUAAGUUCAUGAUUGGAAUAAAACAGUAACAGACCUAACUGGGGACACAGCCAGUACUCACCUAAUCUGAGUUGUCCCUUUUCUCUGCAAUUGUGGUUCACUGCUUCUUCCAUGAGGAAUUGGGGGUCUGAGCAAGUCAGGCCCUUCAGGUGAGAAACAGUGAAUUAAUAGUGAAAAUUAAAUACAGAUUAUCUGCUCUGCUUCAUUACGUUAAACCAAGUUAAUCGAUAGUUAUAAAGCACAUACUUUGUUAUGUGCUAGGCUCUUUCUCUUGGCUGGUAGAUAACUAAGACCUGGGAAUACCAUCAAAAAAGUGCUAAUUGUAUUUGGGUGUUACAAAAGCAGACCUAGACAAGUUGUUCACUUAAAUGGUAACUGUUGGUAAAAAAGAAAGUUUAUUAAAAGAUUAUGAUCAUGUAAAAUUACAGUACUCAACCGUUCUAGUAAGAUAUUUUUUUGGAAAAUAAACUAAAUGCCUUUAUAAA